AUGGAACAAGGCCGCAUCGUCCCAGAUCCUCCCAAAUAUGACAAAACUCGUCCCUUUCCUCAGAUUGAACUAGCCUUCAAUAAUAAGCUGCCAAACAGCCCUGGAAAAUCCAGCGUCGGACUUCUCGUCACCUUUCCCCCAAAUGCAUCAACCCCUCCUCACAGACACGCGGGGGCUUCCGUCUCGGCAUACGUGCUCAAAGGUACUCUUCUCAAUAAAAUGAAUGAUGGACCUACCAAGGUUUUCGGAAAGGGUGGGACUUGGUUCGAGGCUCCUGGUUGUCACCACAAGGUGAGCGAUAAUUACAGCGCCACCGAGGAAGCUCAACUGCUUGCUACCUUUGUUAUCGACUCGGAAGUAAUUGAAAAGGGCGGUGUGGAAGCGUUGGUUGAGAUUGAUGAGGAGUAUCUAGAUGCCAAGGUUUGA